AAAGGGAAUUCCAACCUGUGGAACCUUGGGGGGUCCCCGAGGUCGGCUCCUUCCCAUUGACUGUGGAUGGUGCAUGGCACGGAGCCUUUGGCGGCUCGUGGGGGUGUUGGGGUUCGCAGGGCGAGGGACGAGGGUGUCAGAGUGUGAGUGGGGUACGGGAGUUCCAAACUUAGAAUCUUGAGGCCCUCGGGGCUCAGGCGCCGGGGAGAGGGAGCUCGGGCCGCCAUGCGGGACAGGACCCACGAGCUGAGGCAGGGGGAUGACAGCUCGGAUGAUGAGGACAAGGAGCGGGUCGCGCUAGUGGUGCACCCGGGCACGGCCCGACUCGGGAGCCCAGACGAUGAGUUCUUCCAGAAGGUCCGUACAAUUCGGCAGACUAUUACCAAGUUGGAGAAUAAAGUCCGGGAGUUGGAGAAGCAGCAGGUCACCAUCCUGGCCACGCCCCUUCCCGAGGAGAGCAUGAAACAGGACCUGCAGAACCUUCGCGAUGAGAUCAAACAGCUGGGAAGGGAUAUCCGCACGCAGCUGAAGGCCAUAGAGCCUCAGAAGGAGGAAGCUGAUGAGAAUUAUAACUCGGUCAACACAAGAAUGAGAAAAACCCAGCAUGGGAUCCUGUCCCAGCAAUUCGUGGAGCUCAUCAACAAGUGCAACUCGAUGCAGUCAGAAUACCGGGAGAAGAACGUGGAGCGGAUUCGGAGGCAGCUGAAGAUCACCAACGCUGGAAUGGUGUCUGAUGAGGAGCUGGAGCAGAUGCUGGAUAGUGGGCAGAGUGAAGUGUUUGUGUCCAAUAUACUGAAGGACACACAAGUGACUCGACAGGCCUUGAAUGAGAUCACGGCCCGGCACAGUGAGAUUCAGCACCUGGAACGCAGUAUCCGUGAGCUUCAUGAGAUCUUUACUUUUCUGGCUACUGAGGUGGAGAUGCAGGGGGAAAUGAUCAACCGAAUCGAGAAGAAUAUCCUGAGCUCAGCAGACUACGUGGAACGCGGGCAAGAACAUGUCAAGAUAGCUCUGGAGAACCAGAAGAAGGCGAGGAAGAAGAAAAUCUUGAUAGUCAUCUGUGUGUCCGUCACCGUCCUCAUCCUCGCAGUCUUCAUUGGCAUCUUCUCAGUGGUUGGAUAAUGUUGUGCAUUCACGUACUGGAGCACCAGGGACCCAGGGCCUGGCCUUCACUCCCAGCAGCUGGAGAGGCAGGGCAGAGCCUCCAGCUGGAUCCUUCCCCACACUGGCCCCUGUGCAAAGGGGCAGAUGGCUCUCCUGGGGUUGGCAGCUGCUCAUUCAUGGGGGCCUCCCCCUCAGGCCAUAAUGCCUGGGGGAAGGCCUGCAGUGUCCUGUUUGGCUGGGACACAUAGUUUUGUAAAAAAAAUUAAAAAAAAAAAACAAAAAGCUUGGA